CCCAAACUGAAGCUGCCUGGAUAUCCACGUGUCCAAGUUCUAGCAGAACUCGUAGAGCUCCUGGGAUGGCAGGUCUGUCCUUUGCAGACUCCACCAGUCUCUACGAGGGAUGUCCCCUACUCCCACCGUCUAGUUCUCAGGAAUCAGUGACCUUCAAGGAUGUGGUUGUGAACUUCACUCAGGAGGAAUGGAAACACCUAGAUCCUACACAGAGAGAUUUGUUCAGAGAUGUAACAUUGGAAAAUUAUACACAUCUGGUCUCUAUAGGGCUCCAGGUUUCCAAACCUGAUAUGAUUUCCCAACUAGAGCAAGGGACAGAGCCAUGGAUUGAGGAGUCCUGCAUUCCUGUUGGUUCCUUGGAAGGCUGGAAGACAAGACCUGAAAAUAGUGUGUCACCCCUAGAACUUGUCAUUUCUGAAGAGCAUCUGUCCUCAGAGACAGUAGUAACCAACAGCAAAAGGGAUGAUGGGAGUUUAGAGAAGCUUCAAGCAAACAAACAGAUGCUGCCAAGAGAAGUCAAAGUAACUGAGAAAACAGCACUCACUUGUGCAAGUGAUCUCAGUGUGAGCUCAGGCCUCAUAACACAAGCGGAAGUAGUUCAAAAUCAGACUUCCACCAAAACAGGAGCCAAGCAGAAUUCCCACCCAGUUAAAAAAGAGAAGCUGUGUAAGUGCAACGAGUGCGGUAAAGCUUUCACGUACUACUCUGCUCUCAUUCGCCAUCAAAGGACGCACACUGGAGAGAAACCCUAUAAAUGUAAUGCCUGUAACAAAGCUUUCAGCAGAAGUGAAAACCUUAUAAACCAUCAGAGAAUCCAUACGGGAGACAAACCGUACAAAUGUGACCAGUGUGGAAAGGGUUUCAUUGAGGGCCCAUCUCUCACUCAACAUCAAAGAAUUCACACUGGAGAAAAGCCCUAUAAAUGUGACGAAUGUGGGAAGGCCUUUAGUCAGAGGACACAUCUUGUUCAGCAUCAGAGAAUUCACACUGGUGAGAAGCCAUAUACUUGUAAUGAGUGUGGGAAAUCCUUCAGCCAGAGAGGUCACUUUAUGGAGCACCAGAAGAUUCAUACAGGAGAGAAACCUUUCAAAUGUGAGGAAUGUGAAAAAACCUUCACCAGGAGCACACACCUCACUCAACAUCAAAAAAUUCACACUGGGGAGAAAACCUACAAGUGUAACGAAUGUGGGAAGGCCUUCAAUGGCCCGUCAACGUUUAUCCGUCACCAUAUGAUUCAUACUGGAGAAAAGCCGUAUGAGUGCAAUGAAUGUGGCAAAGCUUUCAGCCAGCACUCCAACCUGACUCAGCAUCAAAAAACUCACACUGGGGAAAAGCCCUAUGACUGUGCAGAAUGUGGGAAAGCCUUUAGUUACUGGUCGUCCCUUGCUCAGCAUCUGAAAAUUCAUACAGGAGAGAAGCCCUACAAGUGCAGCGAUUGUGGAAAGGCCUUCAGUUACUGCUCAUCCCUUACUCAGCAUCGGAGAAUUCACACUCGAGAGAAGCCCUUUGAGUGCAGUGAGUGUGGAAAGGCUUUCAGCUAUCUGUCAAACCUUAAUCAGCAUCAGAAAACUCACACCCAGGAGAAAGCCUAUGAAUGUAAAGAAUGUGGGAAAGCCUUUAUUCGGAGUUCAUCUCUUGCUAAGCAUGAAAGAAUCCAUACUGGAGAGAAGCCUUAUCAAUGUCAUGAAUGUGGGAAAACCUUCAGCUAUGGCUCAUCCCUUAUUCAGCAUAAGAAAAUCCAUACUGGUGAAAGACCUUACAAGUGUAAUGAAUGUGGGAGAGCCUUCAACCAGAAAAUACACCUUACACAACACAAGAGAAUUCAUACAGGAGCAAAACCGUAUGCCUGCCUCAAGUGUGGUAAGGCCUUUCGACACUGUUCAUCUCUUGCUCAACAUCAAAAAACUCACACAGAAGAAAAACCCUACCAGUGUAACAAAUGUGAAAAAACCUUCAGCCAGAGCUCCCAUCUGACUCAGCAUCAGCGAAUUCAUCCAGGAGAGAAACCCUAUAAGUGCAAAGACUGUGAGAAAUGCUUUACCCAGAGCAUGCACCUGACUGAACAUCAGAGUACUCACACUGGAGAGAAACGUUACAACUCUAAUGAGUGCCCACAGACUUUCAGCCAGAACACAUACCUCACUCAGCAUCAGACGAUUCAUUCAGGAGAGAAGCUUUUUGGGUGUGAGGACUGUGGAAAAGCCUUCAGAUAUCGUUCUGCUCUCACCAAACACCAGAGAUUGCACCCUGCUCUGGCUGCUAUAGGAACAUCAUUAACAUAGUUGCUCUGUUCACUUUGGUCUUAAUAGUAAUGAAUCAGAGUGGGAUGGGGAACUCCUUAAAGUAUUUAAAAUUUUCUGUAUCGCAUGGGAUGGAGAGUCCAUUGGGCUGAACUAAUCCAAGUAUGUUAUUAAAACAACAUUGUGACAGAUGCUUUAAGUUUCUUCUGUAAAUGAGGUGAGGCAAACGAAAGAUUCAGAGAUGAUUUGAAAGGUAGCUUGGAGUUUUAUACUCAGUUUUGUAUAUUUAUAAUAUAUUCAUAAAUAGUACUAUAAAUUCACAUUUUUGUCUUGGAUCUACAA